UUGGGAUCAUUAUAUUUACAGGUAAAUAAUAAGGUAUAUAUAUAGAGCUAUAUAUAGUAGCUUAGCUUCUAAGUUGUAACAAUGGCGGAAGCAUCGUACUCGGGAACUGAGUUAACUGGCAGCAGCAAUAAUAACUCAUCAUGCACAGCGUUAUUAUCUCCGGCUGCUACUCAAACCUCAACCCCGAAUAGCCACCGAAAACGGCGCAGGGAAGACGGCAACAACGAUAACGGCGUGGCGUCGUCGUCGUACGUUGGAGUGAGAAUGCGGGCUUGGGGGAAAUGGGUGUCGGAAAUCCGGGAGCCCAAGAAGAAGUCUCGGAUCUGGCUCGGCACUUUCGCCACCGCCGAGAUGGCCGCCCGGGCCCACGACGUCGCCGCCGUCGCUGUUAAGGGCGACGCCGCCAACCUCAACUUCCCCGAACUGGCGGGGCUGUUGCCCCGUCCCGCCUCCUGCUCCCCGCAAGACGUCCGAGCCGCCGCCAUUAAAGCCGCCCGCAUGGACCACCUCCUCAGCCGCGACCCGGAGCCUGCUUCUUCUUCUUCUUCUUCGUCGUCGAUCAUCACUGCGGCGGAGACAGCAGCCUCGCCGAGCCAGGACGAGCUGGGAGAGAUUGUGGAGCUGCCGGAGCUGGCGGCGGACACUAGCUACGACUUCGUCUUCCCCGACUGGGACGGCUGGGACCCGUGGCCGUGCAGCGGCGAAUAUUACGGCGAAAUCGUGUUCGACACUCUUCUUUCUGGCGACUUCGGAAACUUUCUGUGGCAGCACUGAAAGAAUCCCAGAAUCAAAUGGCGUGUCUGCAAAUUUUCUCAAGGACCUUUUCUCUAAUUCUCGAAACUUUUGGGGCUUAAAUUCAAACUCUAUCUUUUCUCCGUACCUAUUCUCAAAGCAUUAGCCUGCAGCUUGGGUUGGCAAUAUACCUUUCUUCCAUCCCAAGAACUUGUUACCAGUAGCAUCACGUUACUGUCUAUUUUUAGUUUUUCCGGUUAAAUUUUGUAAUUGAGGAUUAAAUUUGUGACUUCUUAUAUAAGUCAAUAUUACUGUAUGUAACAUUUUGUCAUCGUGUU